AUGGCGCCGUCGAAGAAGGCGGGCAAGAAGGUGCUCGGCGGGGCCAAGAAGCAAGCUCCUGCCAAAGUACAGAAAGCGGACUGGAAGGAAGGCUUCAAGAAGAAGUCUGUCGGCGUCUCUGAUAUGACGCUGCUCACUACGAUCAGCAACGAGAGCAUCAACGAGAACCUGGGCAAGCGCUGGAAGGCCGGCGACAUCUACACCUGGAUUGGGGGUGUGCUCAUCUCCGUCAACCCAUUUCGAGAUCUCGGGAUCUACACCGACGAGGUCCUUCACCGAUACCAGGGGAAGAACCGAUUAGAGGUCCCACCCCACGUUUUCUCCAUUGCGGAGACCGCUUACUACAACAUGAACGCCUACCACGAGAACCAAUGUGUGAUCAUCUCCGGCGAGUCGGGUGCAGGCAAGACGGAGGCAGCGAAACGCAUUAUGCAGUACAUCGCUGCGGUCUCCGGUGGACAAGACAGCAGCAUUCAACAGAUCAAGGAUAUGGUGCUCGCCACCAACCCGUUGCUAGAGUCUUUCGGCUGCGCAAAGACGCUGCGAAACAAUAACUCCAGUCGACAUGGCAAAUACCUCGAGAUCAUGUUUAAUACACAAGGUGAACCCAUCGGUGCUCAGAUCACGAACUAUCUGCUGGAGAAAGCUCGCGUCGUCGGCCAAGUUCAGGACGAGCGCAACUUCCAUAUCUUCUACCAGUUUGCUGCAGGUGCAACACCAGAGCAGCGAGAGUACUUUGGUAUCAAGGGCCCGGAAGACUAUGCUUACACAGCAAACUCUGGCUGUUUGACAGUCGAUGGCAUCGAUGAUGUGAAGGACUUCUCGGAAACUUUGCAAGCAAUGGCUGUCAUUGGUCUGAGCGGGGAGGAGCAGAACGAUAUUCUUCGCAUGCUCGCAGCUAUCCUUUGGAUCGGCAAUGUCUCUUACAACGAGAAGGAUGAUGGAAACGCUGGUAUCGCCGACGCCGGCACCGUCGACUUCGUCGCAUAUCUCCUUGAAGUCCCGUCAGAACUUGUUACGAAAGUCCUCACGACCAAGGUCGUUGAGACGCAACGUGGUGGAAGACGCGGAUCGGUCUACGACGUCCCUCUCAACCCUGCUCAAGCGGCCGCCGGGCGCGACGCUCUCGCCAAGGCGCUUUACAACAACAUGUUUGAGUGGAUUGUCUCGCGCAUCAACGUGUCAAUGAAGCCCCGUCAGGCGACGGCGCAUCUUAUCGGCAUCUUGGACAUCUUCGGCUUCGAGAUCUUCAAAGACAACUCCUUCGAACAGUUAUGCAUCAACUACGUCAACGAGAAGCUGCAACAGAUCUUCAUCGAGCUUACUCUCAAGACCGAACAAGAAGAAUAUGCCGCUGAGCAGAUCAAGUGGACGCCGAUCAAGUACUUCGACAACAAGAUCGUGUGCGACCUUAUCGAGGAGCGUCGCCCUCCUGGAAUAUUCGCCGCUCUUAAUGAUGCUACUGCCACCGCUCAUGCGGACCCCGCCGCGGCCGACCAAAGCUUCAUCCAGCGCACUGCAGGUCUUGCAUCGAACCCGCAUUUUGAAGCGCGUGGAAAUAAGUUCGUGGUCAAGCACUAUGCUGGAGACGUCACGUACAACGUCGCGGGCAUGACGGAUAAGAACAAGGAUGCCUUGGUUAAAGACAUCUACGACUUGAUCGGGGUCAGCGGCAACUCCUUCCUCCAGGGUCUCUUCACAGACCGUCCCGAUCCCAACAGCAAGAAGCGGCCUCCUUCUGCUGGGGAUAGGAUCAAAGCAUCCGCUGGUGCUCUCGUCGAGAACCUGUCGCGUGCCCAACCAUCGUACAUUCGUACUAUCAAGCCCAACCAGAACCGUAGCGCGACCGAGUACGAUGACAAGGCCAUUCUUCAUCAAAUCAAGUACCUCGGGCUACAGGAGAAUAUUCGUGUGCGACGUGCUGGUUUCGCGUACCGCAACACUUUUGAGAAGAUGGUCGAGCGCUUUUACCUGCUUUCGCCGAACACGUCGUAUGCAGGAGACUACACCUGGACGCGUGAUGCCAAGUCGGGGUGUGAGACGAUCUUGAGGGAUACGGGUAUCGCGAAGGAAGAAUGGCAGAUGGGUGUGACGAAGGCGUUCAUCAAAAACCCGGAGACGCUAUUUGCGCUGGAAACUAUGCGCGAUCGCUACUGGCAUAACAUGGCCCGCCGUAUCCAACGCGCAUUCCGCAACUACAUGCGUUACAAGCAUGAGUGCGCACGUCGCAUCCAACGUUUCUGGAAGAACAACAAGGAGGCGAUCAUCUACGCCCAAAAACGUGACUACGGUCACCAAGUCCUUGCUGAUAGAAAGGAGCGCAGGCGGUUCAGUUUGCUCAGCUACCGUCGCUUCAUGGGUGAUUACUUGGAUGUGAACGGCAGGAGCGCUCUCGGCGAUGAGCUUAAGGCGGCUUGUGGCAUUGGAUCGGAGGAAGUCCACUUCAGCGCGCGUGGUCAGUUGCUCGUGUCCAAGCUCGGUCGGUCCAGCAAGCCAAGCCCCCGCUUUCUCAUCGUAACGAAUAAGGCUUUCCAUAUUUGCGUCACAAACAUUGUAGGCGGCGCGGCUCAGACGACCCUCGAGCGCAAGAUCCCGCUUGUGACGAUCAGGAGCGUCGCGAUGUCCAAUUUGCGCGACGACUGGUUUGUGCUCAACACCAACGCGAGCGAAGAAGGCGACCCAAUCUUGCACUGCUACUUUAAGACCGAACUUGCUGCCGUUCUUCUCACGCUGACACAAGCUAGUAUUCAAGUGAAUAUUGGGCCUGUCAUUGAUUAUGCAAAGAAGAAGGACAAGCGUGCACAAAUCAAGGUGCUCAAGGACGAGACAGUACAAAAGGACGACACGUACAAGUCGCACACCAUCCAUGUCGCGUCUGGCGAGCCACCCAACUCACGCUCACGCCCACCUGCUAAGCGCAAAGCCGGCGUCGUGCGUCCGAUCACGGAGGGUAAGCUGUUAAGGAAGGGUGGCCCAGGCAACGGGUCUUCUCGCCCUGCAGCGGCCGUGAAACCCAAGCCCAAACCUACGCCUGCAGCCCAGCCUUUGCCCAACGGUGGCGUCAAGGCGGCUGCGCCAGGCGGCCGCUCUGUUCCGGCACCACCAUCUCGCGCACCGGCGCCACCCCCACCGCCCCCCGACGAGCCUGAUGUCGAGCAGUACCGCGCGAAAUAUCCAUUCCAGGGUCAGGACGGUGAGAUGUCGCUCGCGAAGGAUGACAUCGUCGAACUCGUCGAGAAGCAGGGUGAUUGGUGGCUCGUGAAGAAGGGUGCAACCGAAGGCUGGGCGCCGCACAACUACCUUGAGCUCGUACCGCCCAAGCCGAAGGCUGCACCCGCACCGCCGCCUCCACCGCCCGCCGCUCGUCGUGCUCCUCCGCCGCCCGGGAACGCUGCUGCCGCCGUUGCAGCGGCGAUCGCACCUGCCGCUCCUAAGCCGAAGCCUGCGCCUGCAGCUGCUGCAACGCCGACGGGUUCCCGCAUCUCCGUGGCGGCCCUCGCGGCGGACGCUAACGCGAAGCCCGUCUCGGUCUUCCCUGGCAUGGGAGCAGCCAAUGGUUCUGCCACGCCAUGGAAAAGGCCUGGUGCCUCUAACGGCUCGUCUACCGUGAGCUCGACAGCUCCAACACCAUCUCCCAAACCUGGUCCUCCGCCGAUCGCUGCAAAACCAGGUGCACCGAAGCCACCCAUCGCCGCAAAGCCUCCUCCCAUCGGAGCAAAGCCUGGCGCGCCCAAACCGCCGACGGCGCCUAGGCCAGGAGUCGGUGCGCCGCCCCCUGCGCCGCGACCAGGUGUAAGCGCCCCUCCUCCCGCCCCUCGACCCGGCGUUGGUGCACCUCCGCCCGCACCGCGUUCAGGUGGGGCCCCUGCCCCAGGUGCGCGUAAGCCGCCUGUGCCGACCGCAGCGCGGCCAACUGGUUCGGUGAAGACGAAGCCCGGGAAAGUACAGCCGUACAAUGAUGGUGACACGGGACAGGUAUCCCUUGCUGAUUUGAUGGCCCGUAGGGCGGCUGGUGGCUGA